GCUCCAGCCAAUGGUGGUGGAAAUUAAUUAGAGAUUACCCAAUCAACGGACAAGACGCGGGAAAUGGGCGGUUACUGUGCAACUACAGUCACGGACGUUGUCGUGAACUUUGCCGGUGUUGAACUACUCCUGGACGCGAGUCGUUAGCGCUGUUAUAGUCUAAGUAUGGGCAGUGUGUUGGCUGCCGCCUCCCCCAACCCGGCCCCAGCUACAGCUGGAGGUGGACAAGGUGUGCCGGGGUUGGUGUCGGUCCCUCCAGGGUUUACUAUGCCCUCCGUGUCCUCCGUCCCCUCACCUAGUUUGGACCAGCAAACAGCGGAUUCCUCACUGUCAAACCCAGGCACAUAUGAGGAGUGUCACCGCAAAUGCAAAGAGGUGUUCCCCCUGCAGAUGGAGGGGGUGCGGUUAGUGGUCAACAAGGGCCUUAGUAACCACUUCCAGGUCAGCCAUACUGUCAGCCUCAGCACCCUGGGUGAUUCUGGUUAUCGGUUUGGUGCCACAUACGUAGGGAGUAAACAGACUGGACCAGCAGAGUCCUUUCCAGUCAUGGUUGGUGAUAUGGACAAUACUGGCAGCCUGAAUGCCCAGGUCAUCCACCAGCUCACAACUGCUGUUCGCUCCAAAAUAGCCAUCCAGACUCAACAGCAUAAAUUUGUAAAUUGGCAAUGUGACAUGGAGUAUCGUGGUGAAGAUUUCACUGCAGCUGUGACGCUUGGAAAUCCAGAUGUGCUUGUUGGCUCUGGAAUUUUGGUGGCGCACUAUCUCCAGUCUGUCACACCGGCGCUGGCCCUCGGCGGCGAGCUAGUGUACCACAGGAGACCAGGGGAGGAAGGCGCGGUCACCUCCCUCCUGGGCAGGUACACAGGUGACAACUACAUAGCUACGCUGACUUUAGGAGGAGCAGGUGCUCAUGCUACAUACUAUCACAAAGCCAAUGAUCAGUUGCAGGUAGGAGUAGAGUUUGAAGCCAGCACAAGGACACAAGAAACCACAACAUCGUUUGGUUACCAGUUGGACCUUCCUAAAGCUAACUUACUCUUCAAAGGCUCAGUUGACAGCAACUGGGUGGUGGGGGCAACCCUUGAAAAGAAACUGCUUCCACUGCCUCUCACGCUGGCACUAGGAGCUUUCCUGAACCACCGCAAGAACAAGUUCCAGUGUGGCUUCAGUGUCACUAUUGGGUAGAAACGUGGGGCCUACCUGGAGCCAGCUCGCAGGCCACAGCUUGGACCGGCACAGAGGCACACAGGAACCUGGACUAAGUUUUAGAAAUUGGACUCAAGAGACUCUCUUCAAGUAUGAUUUCUGGGCAGACAGAGAGACAAAGACAACUACCAAGGCGCCAGGACUGGCCAAGCCAUGCCUACACACUGUAGCACAAACAUCUUUCCUUUAUGGUGUAUCGGUUAUACCCAGAGGCUAGAGAAAUGUAAAUCAAAGGGCAUCAGGAGAUGCAUGAUGUGAUGUGAAAAUCAAAGUGGUUAGACCUAAUAUAUGGUGAUCUUGUAUGAUGGAUGGAAAUAAAUGUGAUUACCUUUUGUAACAUUAGACCAUGUUAUUGCUGCAAAGGGAGAAGAUAAAUUGUGACAUUUACAAUCUGUCUUUAUCAAGGUA